UUAUCAACGUUAUCAUUAUGGCUGAAUUGUAUGAAAACUAUUUAUCAGAGUUGUUAGUUAGCUUUAUAGAAUCAACUGUGGCUGGAAUACAAAUUGUGUGAACAUGAUUCUGCCAAUUCUUUACAUAGUUAGCACUUUGGAUGCUUUUUGUUUUGUGUUAGUUAUUACUGCCGUAAAUCCGUAUGUUUACUCGUUAGGGGGCACCCAAUUCUAUUUGGGCGUCUUGAGCUCAGUUUCUUCCUUUAUUAACCUAAUUUGGAACCCCAUUGUGGGUAGUCUGAGUGACACUCUCGGCCGCAAAACCGUCCUCCUGCAAUGCCUCUUGAUAUGUUUAGUGGGCAACAUCAUGACAGCCGCCACGUCAUCCCUUCACCUCUUCUUCAUUUCCCGAAUAGUGACAACAUUCGGUGUCCAAAUCGCAACCCUCCUUAAAGCCCUAGUAGAUGACAAUAUACAAACAGAAGAGGCCAAAAUGGCCGCUAUUAAUCGAAUGCAAGCUUUGGGAGGGGCCUGCUUCAUUUUCGCCUCUCUAGUCAGUGGAUAUAUGAGCGAACUCGAAAACGGCUUCAAAUACAUAUUUUAUCUCAUCAGCGCCGUAUUCUUCGUAAAUUUAGUUUUGAUGUCCAUAAUCCCCAACACCCACCCUAAAGUAACUAAAACCAAGGAUAAACCCAAACAGGGCUUCAACGUGCUUGAAGUCGUGAAAAAAGCCACUGCCAACCUAACGAAAGUCGACUGGCCAAAGUAUUGGGACCUUUUCACCAUUAAACUCCUGACGGACUUCGUCUUCAUGGUGUUCCACUUCAACUUAACUGAAAUGUUGCUUAGACGUUUCGGUAUCACUGGAAAAGCCUACGGUUACGUUUUCGCUUCAAUUAGUGUGACUUCAAUCCUCGUCACUUUAACAAUGUCAAAGUUGAAGCAGUAUUUUUACUCGGAUGAUAAAUCAGGCCUGAAGCGACUCCUCCAUGGCUGCAUUUUAUUCGUUGUCGCAUUUUUGGGGUUAGGUUUAAGCGCGUCAUUCGCUACGUUUUAUAUCUUUCUAAUACCCACUUCAAUCAGUCGGGUACUUUUAGAAAGCACUUUCAUCGAAGUCAUUCUAGCGAGAGCCGCCCCUCAAGAGAAAGGUACUAUAAUGGGGACCUUCGACACCACGCUUGCUCUUUCAGGGCUUACAGCCCCCUUGUUCUCGGGGCUUGUCUCCGACACGUGGGGCGCCGAAACCUGCAUGUUGUUGUGCACGGUACCCCUAGCCUUCGCCACGACUCUCGCCUACUCACAAAGAAAGCGCAAACUUCAAUAACUUUAUUUACAACUAAAUCACAAUAAAUUAUAAACUUUU